GACAUUUUGACUUAUUGACAGGAGUCCGGUGACUUGUACAGAUGCCAGCAAUGAGGCCGCAGGAACAAACAAAGUCAGAGCAGGGAGGUCAGAAAGGGCUGACACAGAACACUGGGCGAGGAAGGCCGUAAUCAAGAGACCGCAAUUGACCAGACAACUGUCCGGGCGUUGAAGCUUCCAUUCGGCGAAUGAGGCAAAGCUGGAAGUGUCCCUGCAGCGUCCCUGUUGUCUACCUGAAUCGGAGCAUCUGAGUUCCUGAGAAGCGAGGUGAAUGAGGCUCAAGGCCUCCUGCCGGCACCUAAGGACCAGAUCCACCCCUGGGGACCUGGGCACUGCCCGGCGUGGCUAGCGGGGCCCUUGGCCAUGGCCAGCACAGCGGUUCAGCUUCUGGGCUUCCUGCUUAGCUUCCUGGGCAUGGUGGGAACACUCAUCACCACUAUUCUGCCGCACUGGCGGAGGACCGCCCACGUGGGCACCAACAUCCUGACGGCCGUGUCCUACCUGAAGGGGCUGUGGAUGGAGUGUGUGUGGCACAGCACAGGCAUCUACCAGUGUCAGAUCUACCGCUCGCUGCUGGCGCUGCCCCGGGACCUACAGGCUGCCCGGGCACUCAUGGUCAUCUCCUGCCUGCUGUCAGGCAUGGCCUGUGCCAGUGCUGUGGUGGGCAUGAAGUGCACACGCUGUGCCAAGGGCACACCGGCCAAGACCACCUUCGCGGUGCUGGGGGGCGUGCUCUUCCUGCUGGCCGGUCUGCUGUGCAUGGUGGCCGUGUCCUGGACCACAAACGACGUCGUGCAGAAUUUCUACAACCCGCUGCUGCCCAGUGGCAUGAAGUACGAGAUCGGCCAGGCCUUGUACCUGGGAUUCAUCUCCUCGUCCCUGUCGCUCAUCGGGGGCACCCUGCUCUGCUUGUCCUGUCAGGAUGAGGCCCCCUACAGACCCUACCAGGCCCAGUCCAGGGCUGGGGCCACCACCACAGCAGCCGCCCCCGCCUACCACCCACCAGCAGCCUACAAGGACAACCGUGCCCCCUCGGUGGCCUCAGCCUCGCACAGUGGGUACAGGUUAAAUGACUAUGUGUGAGUUCCGUCCCCAGGCCUCUGUCAGGGCUGCUGGGCCCAAGGGACCAGUGACGGAGGCAGGAAGGACUCAGGGACC